GUGUCCUAGUCUGAACUCUUCUUGGACUUGCAGACAUGCAAAUCAGAUGGACAUUAACAAGAGCUACCACCAUGCUACGAACUAGGGGCCCUUGCCUUCGCCGUUGACUCUGAAAAGCGAUAUACAAAAAGUUUCGUGAUUCUUGCUAAGUACUGUGGAUUUAGAGCAGCCUUUUCUUCUUGUAGAUGUUGUUGGGUUGUACCGGUGGCAUGAGUUGAGAAAAGAAAGGGACACGCUAUUGAUUCAAAUGAUGGGCAAGCAAAUGACGGCUGCGGCGCAGCUGAACACUGCCUCUCCCUAGGAAAAGGGGAGAUCCUCCACGCUUUCGGGCUUGAGUGCCGUCCUUUCGGUUCCUCAUCUGCGGGAAAUAGGGGCGCAGUAUCAGUAGCAAGAGCCCUUGCAAGAAUGGCCGCCGCUGUGGUUGCUCACCAUACCGAGGAGAAAGGUACACGUGUGAUUUUUUUCAGUUUUUGGAAGAUGCCAUGCGGCUUGCACAGCUCUUCGUGCUGUCCGUGGAUGAUAGAUAUUUCUAUAAUCGGAAAUCAUGAGCGAAAAUUUUAUCACAGGUGGUCCAUCCACUACCUCAGCGAGCAACGACCACGGUGACCAGGAAAUGGAAGAACAGAAACAGCACACGCCUUCGGUGACCGACACACUGAUGGCGACACAAAAACCUCUAGCAAUCCAGAUUGAGCUUAUCGCACGGAAAAAUUACGGGUGGUUCUACAUCACACCACGACUCAACUGCAUCAUUGUUGCAUGCACCAGAAAUAAAAUCUUUUGAUCGAACCUUCGUGGAUCAAUAUAGUUGGUACUUCUCUACAAUCUUACGUAUACUCGCAUCAACAUACACAGUACAAAUUAAGAAGACCACGCGCAUUAUUUUUCCUGUUUAUUUCUUUCCCCUGUUACAAGGGUGCGAGCAAGCCGGACGGCACGCAGCGGUACACGACGCUGCAGCUGAAAUUGCUGUGCGGUGGCAUCAAUUUCUUCCACCGCCAUAUCCGCACGGACAAGGACGUGAAGCAGCGGAUGCGCGAGAACGAGGCGUUUCCGAAGUUCUACGAGGAGCAGUACCACUACAAUAAGCAGGACACGCUGCCGUCGGUCUUCCGGACGUCCGUCCACGACACCUCCGCGUUGCACGUUUCGUCUUUCAUUCUGUCCAUCCUCCACCAGGGUAUCUUCAGCGUGUCCGCCUUCGUGAUCUCCAUCAUUUACCUGUCCCGCUUCAAGGAGUGCAGCCACAUCACGCUGCACGCAACCACGUGGCGUCCGCUGUUUCUGGUCACUUUGUUGAUCUCGGACAAGAUGUGGGAGGACAAACCGGUGCGGAACAGCUCCCUGGCGAAACUCUUCCCGGUGUUGAACAAUAAGGAACUGAACCUGCUCGAGAACAGCAUGCUGCAGUCCCUGGGCUUCAACGUUUUGGUCAAGCCGGACCUGUUCUGCUCCUUCUGCGAAAAACUCCUCAUGGAAGCGGUAAUGUUCCCAUUUUUGCUUUGGAUUUGUACAGUUGAUGUUCUUGUUCAGCUCUCUAGAUAUGACAAGUCCAAACCUCGGGUUUGGAAUUGGAAAUGAGAAAAGGAAAUAAAGGAUUUCAAACUAAGAUUCAAAAAUAAGCCUUCGAGGGAGCAUUGUGCGUCAUUCAAAACGAAACAGGUCAGUCCCGAGAUCGUGGAGCAGGCGAUCCAGUCAGAUUUUGGGCAGGGUUUGAUGGCGGAGCCGUACUGCGUGCGUGGCAUCGCUGAGUUGCAACAGCCCAUGACCAAUGUCGACCUUGAGGACGACAUCUUCGGUUGCUACCCGACGGAGAACUGCCUGCAAGCCGACCACCUGCCCGAGGAACUGUACACGAAGAUGCUGGUCGCCAAGGGUCAGCGUGCGGCCGGCCCGACGCUGACCACCGGAGAGGUGUUGCCACUAGCGACGCGCUCGCCAAACACAACCGCUGCAGGAGUGGCUUUGGCGGGAACGACUACGUCAGUGACGCAAAGCGAACGGGCAAAGCCAGUCGAGGUGUCCCCGGCGCCAGGUGUAUUACAAGUGGAGACUUCUGCGGCGGGUGGCGCUGGCGGCGCCGGUACGGCGGGGACCGUGGCGGGUGGCUUGGCCAACUCCGCGAGCUUGGUGAUUAAGCAGUACCAAUCAACAGUGUCCGUUGCCGCGCCCGGCAUACACGCCCUACCAUCGACGUCGACCACACAGGAAGUGGAAGAACAAGCGGCACAAACCAGCAAGGAGCAAGGAAGUACAGUCGUACCGCAGCAACAGCCGCAAAUAAUCGUGAACCCAGCAAGGUAAGCCGAAUGGUGGUGAUGCUAUUUAUUAUCCGAUCAAAGAUAGAACGUUCUUCAACAUCAUGACGACAGAAGGUCUCCGCGUAUACAACAUAAGAAGCGAAGAAUAUGAACAGAAAUUGAUUUAUCAAUGCCCUCUCAUCCGGAUGAACUCAGGCGUGCCCAAAGCACCGACCCCACGCGACCUUCAAAAGCGGAGAGCUCGAGGUCAGGCUCGCAGCGGCCCCCGAUGUUUAAACUCGCGCCCAACGGCUUCAAGCUUGGCACGCCGUUUAUGUUCCGAAAAUCUUUGCCAGCAACAAUGAACACAGCGCAAAAGAGACCAACAGGUGGCGCUGCGAACGCUGCAGGAGCUGCGGCAGGUAUAGUGAUUGUGUCGCUUAUUUUAGCCUGUUGCCGCCGGCAACAGUCAGAGGGCGACGAAGUGAUCACAUGCAGGCUAUCUCUGGAAAUGGAAAGAGUUGUACUUAAAUUGGAAAGAAACUACAGGUGGUGCACAAGAUCCCACAUCGCAGCUGCCACACCAGACGCAGGUGCUCGGGUCGCAGCCGCAGCAGUCGGGCGUGCCCGGUUUCUUCCUAACGCGACCUCGGAUUCGUAUGCACCCCUUUGGGACGAACCCACGCUCCGCUAGCGCUCAUCCGGUGCAGCAGCGCGCUGUGGUCAAAAAAGCCGAGCAAGUUGCAACUGCGCAGCCGGUAGCGGUACACCCAUCCUCCUCGUCGUCCAGUAAGGAAAGCAACCCGCCAGCAGCUGCUUCUGUCGCAGCCAGCGCCGUUGCCGCCAACGCGGCCGUUCCCACAGCCUACGUGACGAAGAGCUCGAGUAAGGAGCAGGUGAUCGCACACCAGGCAGCACACGGCAGCAAGGGAACUGCGUCUCCGGUAGACGCAGAAGACGCAGCAGUGCUCGCUCUGGCAACCGCUACCGAGAGCAAGUACAAGGCGUCGCCGCUGCAGGAGCAGCUCAAAACGAACUCUUCACUGCAGCACACGACGUUGCCUGCGCAACCCCGCGGCGAUGUGCAGCACCCGAGUAGCUCCUCUUCCUCCCUGAGCCGGUCCGGAACCGGUGCCCCAGGAACUUCGGACAGCUGGCAGCAGAUGAGCAUCCCGGGAGAGCAGGUCCUGAGCGGAACCGCGCCACUCGUGAAGGAUGUCCGGCCGUCUGCGGGUUCGGUCGACCACCUCACCGCCACCACCGGAAAUAACAAAUACCAGGAUCAGGUCGCCAAGCAGUACACCCAGCCACAAAAGCAGUACUCCAACACGAGCGCGCCCGCGGCCUACGGGCAAGCGAGUACCCCGGAAAUCCAGUUCGACGCCCGGCAGGUGAACGCGAGCAGUGCGAGUAUUAGUACAACAACUCAACAACCUCCGUCACUGGCGGCGACGAACGUGCCGCUGCUGAUCGCUUCGCAGCUCCCGAGCGGGAUUCGCGGGCCCCACAACGCGCGCGAGGACUGGCGACCGCGGAAUCUCAGCUUGGGCCGGCCGGGCCGAGCGCAGGCGGUGAUUCCGUCGCGGGCCAUCGCGACGUUGAAUCCACGGACCACUGGUCCCGUCGUGGCCGUGCAUCCGGCCUCCAAGACGGGCGGGAAGGACGAAGGUUCAGGGGCAAGCAGCGCUUCCUCCUCGAGCCGGGCCGCUGGACCGCAAGCGGCCACGACACCGCAACCCGCAGCCAGCACGCCGCAAACUAAUGCGGCACAGCCGAGGAGCAGCAGUUUAGGUACGAUUCGUCUAGUUGUACUCCACUGCGGCCCAAUCUACCUUCCUGUCAAUGUUGACGAUCAGUGAAAAUGUCAAGACAUGUACUAGUUGUUCAACUCUUUACAAGAACAAAAUCGAACCAAAAUCAACCAACGCUCGGACAGGUCGGUUCGGUUUAAUGCCGCAGAGGCUUGGUAUGCAGCUUGGGAACCCCAGCCGCAUGCAAGUGAAUGUCGUUCCGAAGCUAGCGGCCUUCAAUGUUGGCCAGAUGGGUAAGCGCGUGUUUUGAUCAUUUCAGUUGUCAUUUGAAGUUUGGCCGACUUGGGUUUAUGCAGAUGGACGCUGUUCUUAGACCGCAUGCACACCCAUACGCAUACCAGCUCACGCAGCCGAUAAAGUGAAACUCACAAAAAAUCAGGUUCCUCCACUACCGCCUCAUCGGCGCAGAGCAGUGCGCGGCCGCAGACACCGCCACCCGCUGCGGUGAUUGUGACCAACGCCGACGGGACGAAAAAAUACAUUCCGCCAGCCCGGGCUGCGUCGGCGCCGCGGGUGGUGGGCGGCACAGGUGGCGGCUUUGUGACCCCGGGCGUUCCCCAUCCGGGUAUCGCAACGCCAACCAGGCCGCUGAUAAACCAGAAUUUGAUUACGCGAGGACUCUCUCCCCUGCGAGGACCCCUGUUGUUCCGCGGUCGUUCGCCGUCCAUCAGGACGAACACCGCGGCUGGAACUGUGACCACUGCCGCACCUUUGGUGCUCGCACCGGGCAGCAACGGACCAACACCAGUUGCACAAGCGGCGGUUCCGAGCGUGCAGGGCGGCGCGAGCAGUAAAUAGACGAGAAGUGUUGCAGCUAGAUUCGCGGCAAGGAACAAAGCGUUGCGCGCUCGUCUAUCCAUGCUGGCCUGUUGAGCUGCAGGAGCUCAUCUAUCAUUUCCCAAGCUGUCUUUUUUGUUGGACAGGAUUUUCCCUUCCUGAAAUUAAAUCUGAACUUAGAAUUGGAUUUGGAGUAUUGGCUCCAUCCAAUUCGCCUUACAUCAAUAUACGUUACCUUUGAAGAUUUUUAUCGACGGAGAAAUUUGUAUACUUACGAAAUGAGGCUGGCUUUGCCUUUGUGUUUUUCCAGUUGGGUGCUCGUGCUCCAAAAACAAAGCUUUUCUGGGGCUGAGCGGAUGCUUCAUUUGGAAUUUUUAAUCUGUGAACUUGAUGCAAAUGAGAUCGAGACGACAUCGAUGCAGAGUCCUGUCAGAGUCGCACAGCAAGCGCGACUAGAAAAAAGUUCGCAGCCUUCCCAGGCAGCAUCUCCAGAACUUUCAU